AACUCUGUUACGAAACUCACUUUGCGCUAUUGUCUAAUAUCAGCAAAGGCUAUUGUCAACGAUUCAAUGAGUUAGUAGCUGUUAAAUUGAAUGAAAUUGCUGGGUCAUGCAAAGAUAUAGAUAAUCAAAAAGAAAAAGCUUAAGCAAAAUGGCUACUAAUGAUAUCAGACCCGCUGUUGAAGAACAGAUUGAAUCAGCACUUGAAAAGGAUGUUGCUACUGAAAAAGACAUCUCAAUUGCUGAACAAGAUGAUCUCCAAGCCAAAGAAAAAGAAAAGAAACUUGGACAUAGAAGAGUGGGUGUUGAUGGAGAAAUCACCUAUAAGAAAAUUCAAACUGGUCAAAUUAUGGGUUCAAUACAACUGGGAAUACAGCAUGCAGUAGGAGGCCUUGCUUCAAAGCCUGAACGUGAUUUGCUUAUGCAAGAUUUUAUGACUGUUGAAACAACAGUUUUUCCAAGUGAUGGAACUAAUCACACUCCAGCUCACCACUAUCCAGAGUUUAUUUUUAAGACAUACGCUCCAAUUGCAUUCCGUUAUUUCAGAGACUUAUUCGGUAUUCAGCCAGAUGAUUAUCUUAUAUCGUUUUGUAACUCGCCACUUCGUGAACUGUCCAACCCGGGUGCUAGUGGAUCAAUAUUUUACCUCACACGGGAUGAUGAAUUUAUCAUGAAAACUGUACAGCACAAGGAAGGUGAAUUUUUACAAAAACUACUUCCUGGAUACUACAUGAAUUUGAAUCAGAAUCCAAGAACUUUGCUGCCAAAAUUUUUCGGUCUUUAUUGUUAUCAAUGCAAUUCAAAAAACAUUAGAUUAGUAGCUAUGAACAAUUUACUACCUUCUAACAUAAAAAUGCACCAAAAGUAUGAUCUGAAAGGUUCAACUUACAAAAGAAAAGCUUCCAAAGAUGAAAGACAAAAAUCAUCGCCUACAUUUAAAGAUUUAGACUUUAAAGAACAUCAUCCCGAUGGUAUUUUUUUGGAGCCUGAUACCCACUCAGCUCUUCUCAAAACUAUGCAAAGAGAUUGUCGAGUACUAGAAAGUUUUAAAAUAAUGGAUUACAGUCUUUUAGUGGGUGUUCAUAAUGUUGAUCUUGCUCAGAGAGAGAAAGAAGAACGACGGGUGGCACGGUUACGCAAGGCUGUGGAAACUGAUGCAGAUACUUUAUCAGAAACGUCUACUCUAAGUCGAACAGCUGAAGCCAACCGGCAGCGUUUGAUGGCUCAUUCAACCGCAAUGGAAAGUAUUCAGGCAGACACUGGAACUUCGUCAGAUGAAGAUUGUGCUUCGCCUAGAGGAGGCAUACCUGCUAGAAGUGGAAGUGGUGAUAGCUUAUUACUAUUUGUUGGAAUUAUUGAUAUAUUACAAAGUUAUCGACUAAAGAAAAAACUAGAGCAUACGUUCAAAGCCAUCAUUCACGAUGGUGAUUCUGUUUCUGUACAUAGACCUGAUUUCUAUGCCACUAGAUUUUUGGACUUCAUGACCAAAUCUGUGUUCAAGAAACUUUUGUGUCCUCUAAAACGUUCACCAUCCAAGCGACGCAGUAUGUCGCGUACACGUACGCGUGAUCAAACCGAUGCGGAAGGCACAUUUUCUACAUGUUCAACACCACCUCCAGCAUUUGAGGAUGCUAUUCGUCGUGACUUUGUGUACGACAAACGUUCCAGCAUGACUCGCAUACGUCGUCCAUCUCCAGGAAUGCGCAAUGAUGGCCCUUCUGGCUCGUCGCACGCCGGCGAGAGUAAGUCGUCUACAUUGAGUGUGGGAUCGGGCAGCACUACAUCCGGCAUCGGGGGUUCAGCAGGCAGACAAUCUGUGGAAGCCACAUGGACGGAAGAAUCUGCAAAUUGUUUCCUGAUGUUUACUAGACACUGUAUGGUGAAAACGUGUUCAAAUAGUGUUUCAGCAUCAUUGGAUGGAAAUUCAAUGAUGAUUAUGAUGUAAUGGUUGUUUUGAGUUGAAAUAUUUUGCUGUAAGAUGGUUAGUUGAUUUUAUUAAUGUUUUUGUAUUAUUUCUGGGAAGAUGAAAGUCUGAUGUCGAUCUCAUUUCUUUUAAUCUCAUUUUUUAUUUUGUUAUAUUUCUUUUUCGUCAAUAUUGAACUAUAUUUGAGAAUUUUGUAUUUUGUUGGAUAUAAUGAUUAUAGGUCUCGGUUAAAAAAAUAACUUCCAUUGUUAUUGCCUUUUUCAUUUACAUACUAUAUAAUAUAAUUACUGUUAUUUGUAAACAUUAUACAGUGUAGAAAAAUUAUUUUUUAUAAAUGUUUAUGAAGACUUUAAUUAUAUAAUAAUUAAUUUACUAUCACAAUUAUUGGAAUAGAAUAAAAUUUGAUCCACACUCAACCUAAUCCUUGACUCUUGAGGUAAGUACAACGUUGGAAGUUAAAAAUAUAUUAUGCUUUUAGAAAAAUUCUUUCAAUAUAUUGUUUCGUGAAAAUAAGGAAACUUUCUAUUAUAAAGAAGAAUAUUCUUUUUUGAAAUAAAUCAGUUAAAAUUACUUAUAUAUAAAAUAAUCACUUUUUUAAUAAUUUUAAAGUCAUUUUACAAAUUUAUAAGUAUGAGUGAAUGUUCUUUUAUACUGUUUAAAAAACACUAAGUAUAAUUUUUGUUAUAAAUGUAUGUUGGUUGUCAAAAUUUUUUGUUCCUUUUAUUAAACUAUUUGAAUAUUUGUAAA